GAAUGCAUACUUCUGCAUCUGUUUAGAUACACUUGGUUGAAGUCCCGACCGACCCGCCAAUUCUUGAAAAAACACAUGCUGGACUCUGGGAAUCACAAAGGAGAUGGGGAGUACUGGAUCGAUCCUGUCAAGAGUGGGAAUCCUCUUAAAGUCUAUUGUGACAUGACAACUGACGGUGGUGAUUGAUGGAAAAUAAGGUCAGAUUUUAUUAAAAGGGGCUCUAGUCUGGCCAUACCUAUCAACGUUAACUGUUGUUAUGUCAUCGCGGAAGAUCAUUUUUCUGAAAAAGUUGCAGUCUGACUCGUAACGAGCGAGAUUUGUUCUAAUAUCUAAAAAUUGCCGUCAGCGAAGAGUUAAGUUUUAAAAGUUGAAGUGUAACAACUGUAGCCUACCAACGCACUAUCUAAGGAUGCCUAGAGGCCAGAUGGCAUACGAAAUAAUACUGAUAAAAAAAAAACAAACAAAAACAAAAACAAAACAAAAGUGACAAAAUUCAGGUGAAACAAACUAAGUGACAAACUCUAAAAAAUAAACAAAAACGCUUCCUCAUCUUUUUAAAAGUGCAUCAUAAGUAUCCAGCUACUACUUUUCCAGCUUACUGUAAUUUUUUCUUCUGCCCGAUGAACCUUGUUCCAUCUACUAAUUUUGCAGCUUUCUGUCAUUUUUUUUCUUCGACCCGACGACCCUUCUUCCAAUUACAAUUUCAGGAGGUUGGCUCGUUGUCUGCAAUGUUGUUUUCGACGGCUUCUACAAUAUAUCAGCGACGUCAUUAUACCGCGGAAUUCAAAACUAUGUCGAUCACAGUAAGAUGUGUCUUAACAAAGAAGCUAUGAAAAAAUUCCAAGCUAUCUUGUCAUUUACUCAGUUGAGGUUCUACUUUAAAAAGCAAAUUCCUGGGCGAACGUUUCACGUGGUCACGGCCGCUAACAGCAGUGGUCAAGCUGUGUAUCAGUACUUCAGCGAUCUGACGGAUGCGCUGCCCAAAGCCUGUGGCUCGUUCGUAAGAAUGGAUAAUGACGACUCGUGGCUAGCUGAAAAGUGCCACGAAUGGGGGGCAGAGGAAAAUGAUAUUGAGGUCGGCAAGUGGGGACUUGGUGGCGUCACAGAGAGAUUGAAUGAUCACGCCGCUUUUAUUUUGAGCCAUUAUCACUGGGUGAUACUAUCCGAUAGGUGGGAAUGCGACGACUUCCAGGGUAACGUCACCAUUGGUGAUUUUUGGAAAAUCUUUGUUCGUUAG